GCCCGAGCAAGAAGAUGGACAACCUGGAGCUGAUCCCCAACGCCAUCGAAAAAGAGCCGGCGGCAGCGCACGAGCAAGUCGCGGUCACGGCGCCCACCACGAGUACGCACGCUCGCAGGACGGCUACGGUGGUUCGACGAAAGGCCGCCUCCGAAAAGCGCAGCUCUCGGAAAGCGCCCGGUAUCGUUCGCAAGGCAACCAGAGGUUCGAGCCGGCGGCUGAAGAGCAAGACGCACAAGCGCGGCUCGCUGUUUUCAACGAGUUUGCCGUCGAGCAACACAGACACGGAGAGGCGGCCGGAGCGACUCUCUUCAACAACCACGGCCCGACGCCCGAGUCCGAACGCUGCUGAUGACGUGACAGGUAACGUGACACGCAGGGGCAUUCUGCGGGCGGCAUCAAGAAACGAGCCCACUGAAACCAUCAUGCAGUCUGACGACGAGAACGUGAUAGCCGCGGCAGCCGACGAUUACAGUCCGGCCCCCACAGAACGUACAUCGCAUGUGUUGUCCACGAGCCCGGUCGACGAUGACGUCGAGGAGAUUGUCUAGCACGGGAGUGCUAGAUGAGCUGCUUGCGUCGGCGCAGGUGUGCGGGCAGGCGUUCUUGCCUUCAGCGGUGA